AUGCUCUUUGACCUCGGACUUGGUUUUAUCGGUCAACAACAUCGUGGUCUAGACGAUGCCUUUAACAUUAUGCGCGUACUACGGAUCUUACUCGCCGACGGCUGCUUGCUGCGAGUAAAUGAACGUCAUGAUCCCAGAACUCUACCACUCUUCGUCACUUCUGUUCCCCGUGUGGUCGCUGAGCAGACCUCUGGCACGAUGGGUAGUCAAUUGAAGCUGCUCUAUAAAGUCGCUAAGUCGUCGGACCCGAUGAAUACAUAA